CUAUUUCUUCUUCUAAUUUUUGAUUCAUGAAAGGGAACCCGCUCGGGCGACUUGUGCGGAGACCCAAAUCCCUAGCCGCCGGGGUCGCCACACCCCCUAUCCUCCCCUUCUGUUGUCACCGAUGGAGGAAGCCCCGGUGGCUGAAGGUGGUGGCAAAGGCCUUCUUCCCUCUCGCGUCGGGAUUGAGUGGUGUGGGCACCAAGGGCACGGGGGCACAUCCUCCGGAUCUAGGCCGCGGCAGAGCAACGGCUUGUCUUCGGCACAUCCCCCGGAUCUAGGUCGCGACAGAGCAACGGCUCGUCUUCGGUGACGGUGCGAGGAGGCGGGGCGCCAUGGGAGGUCUGGUGGUAUGGUUGUGCUGGGCUCGUGCAGCGGCUAGCAGGGGGCUGGUGGUUCCAUAUCAAGGGCGGGUUCCUCCAUGGUCUUCGAUCAGAUCCGCUCGGAUCUGGACCCUAUGCAUCGGUGUACGGCGCAGUGUGUCGGCAGUGGCCAUCUUGGCAGCUGCGUGGGUGGGGGCUGGGACGGCGUAGUGGCGGUCCAUGGUGGUGCGGGUUGGUUUGCGGUGGCAGCGUGUGGCCGUUCGGCCACCUCGCGUCAUUGGGCGUGUGGCCUAUCCCUGCCAGAUGCAAAUCUAGGCCGGGAGUCGAGGUUGGGCGUCACAGGGGUGACGUUUGGAAGAGAUAGUGGGAGUGAUGGGUGCCGCCGAUGCGGUUGGGCUACCCGUCACCGGCAGGGCUGCCAGUCGUCGACGUGGUUCGCUCCCGCUUCACCUCUUUUUCGAUCUGGUGGCUCCCCGAUCGAUCUGGUCGUUCCGGUCGCUGGCGACUUUGUCGACGGUCAUAAUUUGCCGAUCGAGACAUCCCUCACAGCCAUGGAGGACCUAUGGGGCGUCUUGUACCCGGGUGGCGACCCAUGUGGUGGGUGCUGCAGUGCUCGUGGGCUUAGCUCGCUGCUCAGGUGCGGGCGACUAGGCGGUGUGGUGGCUGGUGUUUUGACGUUCUGCGGCUGUGAAGGCAGAGGGCCAACGGAAGCGACGCCUGUGGAUGUCGUCAUCUUCCUGAAGUGUCCGUUGUGGUUACUCCUUUCCCUUCGUCGUCCUCCGGAUGAAAAUCUAGAUCAUUGGAUUGGAUGGUGGUGGCGCUUCGGUGUCGUGUUCUUCUUGAUGGCACCGUCUUGGAGCUCAUGGUUCGUCGACAUUCAACUUCACCUCUUCCCGGUUUCUCUGGGAAGGGCUCCGGUGGCUCCUUAGUGAUGCUCACAGUUAAUCUGUACUUUGAGUAGUGUGGGGUGUUGUUGUUGUUGAAGGUUUUUGACACAUAUGUUUCUGGCCUUGAGUGAGUGUGGGUGUGUAGUAUGUGUUGUGGUUUGUAUCAAUUGGUAUGUUGGUUGUUGCUUUAUAUGUAAAACGAGGCGAAAGCCUUUUUUUUGGUAAAGGGAAUCAGGAAUCUGAAUGUCUGUCUCUAUU